UAGAAUAGGAAGGACGAGAAAGAUACUACCUAGAUUGUAAGAUCAUAAGAACGGUGAUUUUAUCCGGGCCUAGGAGUCGGUAAUAUGAUAAAACUACCAACAAACCCAUACCUUCGGAGGGGAUAGCAGAUACGUUCGCUAUACUUAGUUUUCUUCUUAGAACCCCAAAUCAACAAUGCCUCGCCCGUGCCAUCUCCUUCUAGCGCUACCGUUUGCGCAAUCGUUCGUUCAAGCAGGGUCCAGCCAGGAAUUAUCAUCUUCCAAAAAGGCACAGUCCUGUACCGAAGCAUCGACAACGACAUUUUCACUUAAGAGUGCAAUUUACGUUAGGGUCGAAACAUCCCCAUAUGCUAUUGAUGCAUUUCCCAAUUCGACGCAACUUGCGUUUGAGGUGGUCAACAAUGCCAACGGUGUCUCAACUGGCUGCAGCCUUCAAAACGUCGAGCACGACAACGUGUGGCCAGACCUUAGCAAUUAUUGGUUUAAAUGUUCAGACCGAAACUACGAGGUGGACGGAUCCGAGUACCCCAUUAGCACCGGCGCAAACUUCCUUUGGGACGACAGCUGGAAAUUGAAAGUAAACCAGACCUGGAACUGCGAUAGCCGAACUGUUGUGAGACAAGUUGCUACCGCGACACUUACGCCGGACUGCAAAGAGACUUCUUCCCCUCAGCAGUAUAUAAAAAAUUGCGAUAUCUCUGAUACCGAGGUCCCGGCAACGAAUCAGUAACAGGAUUCAUUUUAACCGAUGUUGCCAUUCUACUUAAUAUCGUGAAGGUCCCCGUAUAUAAGCCUCCUCAAAUACAUAAUGCCAAUUGUACAUUUUCCAUUUUGCUACCGAUUCCAUUCCAUGUCCAUCCAUAUAACCGUGAGAUUACAACGAGAAAAUCUCGCAAGCCACGCAAAAUAUGAGAAAUAAAAGGGGAAAGGGAAGAGCGA